CCGUGAACCACUGGAACUGAGAGGUCCAGAGAAGCAGUGGUGAUAAAAAGAGGCUUUCAAGAGAAAGCUAGGGAGCCAACAACGCCCUCGCCACCGAAUUGCAAGUCUAUAGAUUCUCAGUGGUCCAGGCUAAUAGCUGAGAGGAGCAGUUUGAGACUGAACUGAAAUAUUUCCGCGGAAAGACGUUUGGCUAGGGAGCCAGGGAGCCAUGGAGCCGGGAGAAGGAAGCCCUCAGCAGAUAAGGCAAGCGCUGCUUUUCUUUGUUUUCUUGGGUGGGUCUUUGGUGUGUUCAGAGACCUGGCGCUAUUCUGUGGCAGAGGAAACGGAGAUAGGCUCUUUUAUAGGCAACGUGGUGAAAGACAUAGGUUUGGGCGUGGAAGACCUGGCUGCGCGAGGGGCCAGAGUCAUCUUUGAUGACUAUAAACCAUACUUGCAGUUGGAUCGGCAGACUGGCAACUUGAUCUUAAAUGAGAAACUGGACCGGGAGGCGCUUUGCGAUCUCACCGAGCCAUGCAUAUUAAAUUUCCAGAUAUUAUUUGAAAAUCCUUUGCAAUUUUUUCGAGCUGAGCUUAGGGUCAAAGACAUAAAUGAUCACACUCCCACGUUUCUAGACAAACAUAUACUUCUGAAAAUCUCAGAAAGUACUACUCCAGGAACCUCAUUCCAAAUGGACAGCGCUCAGGACUUGGAUGUAGGAAAGAAUGCUGUUCAAAACUACACAUUAAGCCCCAAUCAUCAUUUCCACCUUAAACUGCAAGACAGUGAGGAGGGUAGAAAAUACGCAGAGCUGUUGCUGGACCAACCUCUGGAUCGAGAAAAGGAGCCUGAACUUAGAUUAACACUAACAGCCCUGGAUGGUGGGUCUCCGCCCAGGUCUGCAACUGCACUGGUGCGUGUGUUGGUCUCAGAUGUCAAUGACAAUGCCCCAGAGUUUGAGAGGUCCGUCUAUGAGGUUUUGGUACCAGAAAACAGCCCUCUGGGCUCCUUGGUCGUCAAAGUGUCUGCUACAGAUUUAGAUGCAGGACUAAAUGGAGAACUAUCUUAUUCAUUUUCCCACGUCUCCAGAGACAUACGGAAAACAUUUGAAAUCCAUCCCAUUUCCGGCGAAGUCCGUUUAAAAGCACUUCUGGAUUUCGAGUUAAUUAAGUCUUAUACAAUAAAUAUUCAGGCCAUUGACGGUGGGAGCCUUUCAGGAAAAUCAGCAAUUUUAGUUAGUGUUGUAGAUGUGAAUGACAACCCACCAGAAAUAGUCAUAACAUCACUUACCAGCCCCAUACCGGAAAAUUCGUCACCUGAAAUGGUAGUCGCUGUUUUUAGCCUACGAGACCAAGACUCUGGGGACAACGGGAGGAUGGUUUGCUCAAUUCAGGACAAUCUCCCCUUUCUCUUGAAGCCUACCUUCAAAAAUUUCUACACCCUGGUAACCGAUAGCCCUCUGGACAGAGAGAAGAGAGCCGAGUACAACAUUAGCAUCACCGUCACUGACAUGGGAACCCCCAGGCUGAAAACCGAAAACAACAUAACCUUGCUGGUGUCCGACGUCAACGACAACGCCCCCGCCUUCACCCAGACCUCCUACACCCUGUCCGUCCGCGAGAACAACAGCCCCGCCCUGCACAUCGGCAGCGUCCGCGCCACAGACAGAGACGCGGGCGCCAACGCCCAGGUCACCUACUCGCUGCUGCCGCCCCUCGACCCGCACGUGCCCCUGGCCUCCCUGGUGUCCAUCAACCCGGACAACGGCCACCUGUUCGCCCUGAGGUCCCUGGACUACGAGGCCCUGCGGGCGUUCGAGUUCCGCGUGGGCGCCGCCGACCGCGGCUCGCCCGCACUCAGCAGCCAGGCGCUGGUGCGCGUGCUCGUGACGGACGACAACGACAACGCACCCUUCGUGCUGUACCCGCUGCAGAACGCCUCGGCGCCCUGCACCGAGCUGGUGCCCAGGGCGGCCGAGGCGGGCUACCUGGUGACCAAGGUGGUGGCGGUGGACGGCGACUCGGGCCAGAACGCCUGGCUGUCGUACCAGCUGCUCAAGGCCACGGAGCCCGGGCUGUUCGGCGUGUGGGCGCACAACGGCGAGGUGCGCACGGCCCGGCUGCUGGGCGAGCGCGACGCGGCCAAGCACAGGCUGGUGGUGCUGGUCAAGGACAACGGCGAGCCGCCGCUGUCGCCGGCCGCCGCGCUCACCGUCUACCUGGUGGUCGCCUUGGCGUCGGUGUCUUCGCUCUUCCUCUUCUCGGUGCUGGUGUUCGUCGCGGUGCGGCUGUGCAGGAGGGGCGGGGCGGCCUCGGUGGGUCGCUGCUCGGUGCCCGAGGGCCCCUUUCCGGGCCACCUGCUGGACGUCAGCGGCACGGGGACACUGUCCCAGAGCUACCAGUACGAGGUGUGUCUGAAGAGGGGGUCUGGGACCAGCGAGUUCAAGUUUCUGAAGUCUGUUGCCUCCAAUCAUCAGGAGUCUGUAAAUGAUGUAGAGGAAAACUCAAACUUUAUAAAUGGUUUUGGAUUCAAUUAGGAAUUUUUUGGUUUUUCAGAGUA